AUGUUAAUGAACAAGGCCCCGGCUCCUUCAUCUUCAACCAAGGAGGAACCCCAAGAGAAAAAGAAUGGUUUAGCAAAAGAUGAGUGCUGUUUUAAAACUGAAGAUUCAGAUGGAGACGACAGCUCUUCUAUUUUCGUUAGAGGAAUUAAUACUUGCCUUGCUAGGGAAGAUAUCAAGAGCGCAUUGAGGAAACAUUUUGAGUCUGGUGGAUGUCAAGUCUCACGGGUUUUUGUUCCCAUAGAGUGUCAGACCGGUGUUCCCUUGGGGUAUGCUUUCGUUGAUGUGGAUGACAUGGAAAAGGCCUUGCAAUUGGGUGGUGGUUGGAUGGGAGGACGUAUGUUUCUUGUUAUGAUGGCUCAAUAUCAAAAGGAAUCCAUUUCCUUCCCUAACUUUGAUGGUUGUCAAGAUUGUGGUGAUUAUCUCUUUGAGCGCCGUCAGAAAAGAUUCCUCGCUAGGCCCUAA